AUGGCCUCGUCGUCCUCGUCCUCUCCCCCCUCCGACGAGGACGUCUACUUCUCCACCAACCCGCCGCCGCGCUCCCUCGAGGAACACACGCGCCUCGCCGCCUCCUUCAUCAACACGCACGCCCUCGCCUCCCGCCGCGUGGUGCUCAUCACGUCGGGCGGCACCACGGUGCCCCUCGAGAAGCAGACGGUCCGCUUCAUCGACAACUUCUCGGCGGGCACCCGCGGGGCCACGUCGGCCGAGUACUUCCUCGAGGCCGGCUACGCCGUCGUCUUCCUGCACCGCCAGUUCAGCCUGCUCCCCUACUCGCGCCACUUCUCCCACUCCAAGGACUGCUUCCUCGACUUCCUGAGCCCCGGGCCCACGGGCCAGGUCGAGUGGCGCGCCGGUCACGACGCCGCCAAGGUGCGCGACGUGCUGGCCAAGUACCGCCGCGCCCGCGACGCCAACAUGCUGCUCAUGAUCCCCUUCGUCACCAUCGGCGACUACCUGCACGAGCUGCGCGCCCUGUCGCGCCUCAUGCGGCCCCUCGGGCCCCGGGGCCUGCUGUACCUGGCCGCCGCCGUGUCCGACUUUUUCGUGCCGCCGGAGCGCAUGGCCGAGCACAAGAUCCAGUCCACCGACGCUGUCGUGGCCGCAGUCAGGGCCGAGGACACGGACGAGGAGUUUGACAACUUCGACGCCUCGCCGCGCGUCCCCCGCUCCAAGCGCCUCGUCAUCGACCUCGACCCCGUGCCCAAGUUCCUCAAGAACCUCGUCGACGGAUGGGCGCCCCAGGGCAUGAUCGUCUCGUACAAGCUCGAGACGGACCCGGCCCUCCUCGUCCGCAAGGCGCGCUACUCGCUCGACCGCUACCAGCACCACCUCGUCAUCGGCAACCUGCUGUCCACGCGCAAGUGGGAGGUGGUCUUUGUCAGCCCCGGCCGCGCCGACGCCUGGCUGCGCGUGCCGCCGCCGCCCUCGUCCAUGCCCGCCGGAUGGGGGGACGCCGAGGGCCGGCCCCUGCGCGCCGACGAGCUGCCGCGCGAGGAUCCCGACACCGAGAUUGAGAAGCUGAUUAUUCCGGCCGUGGCCGAGCUGCAUGACGCGCAUAUCGGGAGGUAG